GGCAAGUCAGAGGAUGGCAACAUCAACUCAGCUGGGAAAAGAAAACUGGCUUCAAUACAAGGAGACGACACAGGGGAAGGAGCACUGGAGUGGUGAGCCUCAAAACGUACAGACUGGCGAGAGGGAAUUGAUAGAAAUCGACAACGCCAGCUUUACAGGAGAAGAAGAAACUGUCACUGAUAUCCAGGAGAGAUCUGUGGGGGUUGACGAAGAGACAUCCUCAGGGAUACACACACCACCAGGACAAGCCAAGCACACACUUUUGCUGACCAAGGGAACGGAUUCCCCCGAAUUCAGUGAGCGGUCUCCAGGGUGUCUGUCCAUCUCUUUGACAGGCCUUGGGGAGCCUCCUUCUCCGAGUCCAGGGUUUGAAGAGGUUCUGGAGUACGACAAAGGCAUGAACUCUGACCUGAAGGUCUUCAGCACCACCCUGAAGGUGCAGCCGGGCCUGGGAAACCAAGCCAAUGAGGACAGGAAACAGCGUGUUCACAAAGUGUCGCUAGUGAACACUGGCGAACCUGUGGCCGCGAGGGGGUCUGGCACAGCCGAGGAACCCUGUACUGUUGACGGUGCUGGUCUGCAUGAUGCUGACUCUGUCUCUCAGGCUAGUGUGGGCCGGUGGCAGGUCCAGGUUGUGGAGGAGAGCUUUGACUAUGAGGAAGAAGAUGCUGAGCCCCGGUUUUCAUCCUGCUCCUCGUCUGUUUCCUCCCACUCCUACCUGGACACCCAGCACCUGCCCUCACUGGUCGCUCUCCAGGACUCAGCUCCUGUCACGGUCUCUGCGGACGAGCCUCGUUCCCCCAGCAACGGCAGCUGGUUGAGCGAGGUGAGCAAAGUUCAUGCAGGUCUUGAGUGCGUGCCAGGUGGGCGGGACUGGGUGGAGCGACUUGCGCCUGAAGGAGAGAGAAUGAGCGAGUGGUGCAUAAAUACAGGCUGGGAUUCGCAACUGCCCACAGACAGCAGCCUCUCACCCAUACCAGAGGACAGCCCACACUCGGGAGUUUUCAAGGCCACCUUCGUGGAGCUGCUGCCCUCCCCCACUUCCCCAGAUCCCGAUUCUCCCUACGACAUGGACAUCCUGGUGGACACCCUCAAGAGCCUGGACAGUCCUCUGAGACACAGGGUGCCCCGGCAUAGCGGCAUAGCUGCCUCUGUCUUCAACUCCCUGCCCCCCAUUGUGGAAGAUGCCCCAGCACCUGAUCCAAAGCGUCCGGGGUCGGAGGCUCUGAAUGGGACUGCCGGUCUACCAGCGGACCUUGGCCUCGGCCUCAGUCUGUCCAAGGAGCGCCUCACCCCCCUGGAGAUGCUCAAGUGGAAGCAGGAGCAAGAUAUCCUGGAGCCGCGCGGCCGCUCCCUGUCACUGCCGCUGCAACCUGCUCCCAAUGGUGGCGUCAUCCCGCGGAGUCCAGAUGCCUCCUCUCCAGAUGGUGGGCCCCCAGCACACAGUCUCUCCCGGCUAGAGGGCAGCCUCCUCUUCUCCAGCUACCGCUCAGAGCGACCGGUGGAAAACGGCCAGACCCCUGCCCAGCGCCCACUGUCACGCACGCAGUCGCUGCCCGAGAGCAGCCCCACGCAGGAACGGUUUGGCCUCAGAGAGACCAGCUCUCGCAUGGAGCGCCUCUCCUUCCUCGUGUCACCUGCCGGCUCGCUGACGGGAGUCCCUGAGCUGAGCCGCAUAAGCGUGCCGCCUCCCCGAGACCUGAGCCCUCUUGGAGAGAUGGGCCACUUGCCUACCAGCCCUCCUGGCUCCCUGGGGCUCCACCGCAGCCUCAGCAGUGAUGGUGCCCUUGGAACGCCCUUGCUGAACGACCUCCGGCGUGGACCACAGUCCGGAGGCAUUGCACAGCCCGAGAGGAGUGCCGUUCCCAAGUACAGAGCCUUCCCAGAUGCCUAUCUCACCAAAGAGAAGGAACACGGCAAAAUGAACCCCCGACCAGGCAAGCUGUACAUCUACGACCAGCCAGGGCUGAUGGGUCAGAGGAUCGAAGUGCACAGCGAUGUGAUUGAUGCGACUCCCUGGGAGCUUCCGGAAACCAUCUCCAUCCGAGUGGUCAGGGGAGGCUGGGUUCUCUAUGAAAAGCCCAACUUCAAAGGUGAGAAGAUCGCACUGGACGAGGGAGAUAUUGAGCUCACCUACCCCUUUGGUCCACCGGAGGAGAGGCAGGACAAUGGACUGGAGAACGGACUGGAAAAAGGGGAGGAGGGAGAGCAGAAGGAGGAAAGUCCGUCAGAGAGGAAGUUUGUCAUUGGCUCCCUACGCAGAGCAGUCAGGGACUACAGCGUACCGGACAUCAGCCUGUUCCCCGAGGAGAACGCAGAAGGGAAGAAAGUCAUCUUCAGGGACACGUCAGAGGAUGCACGCAUCUUCGGGUUUCCUAUCAGAGCGAACUCCAUCAUCAUCAAUGCUGGACUGUGGCUUGUGUUUGCCCAGCCUUUCUUUGAGGGAGCUCCACGGGUGCUGGAGGUGGGAGGAUACCCGAACCCUGCUUCCUGGGGGGUCUCUGAGCCGUUUGUUGGCUCUUUACACCCCCUUAAAAUUGGGGAGCCCACGGUGGAGUUUCCGAAUGAGCCGAAGCUGAUCAUCUACGAGAAGCCAUACUUCACCGGGAAGUCUCGCGAGAUCUACACUAACACACGCGACUUCAUCACUCGGAUGGACCGGAAACAGGGUGCCUUUAUGUACAGCGCAGGUUCCAUUCAAGUGGUGGGCGGAUGCUGGGUGGGCUACGAGAAGGAGGGCUUCCGUGGGCACCAGUACUUGCUGGAGGAGGGGGAAUAUCACGACUGGAGAGUGUGGGGAGGCUGUGACUCAGAGUUACGCUCUGUUCGCCUCAUCCGGGCAGAUGUCUCAGAGCCCAUGCUGGUGCUGUUUGAAAUGCCUGAGGAGGAGGAGGCUGUGGAAGAGGCUGAGAAGAAAACCUUUGAGGUGACAGAGGCCAUCCCUGACGUGGAGCUCUUUGGAUUUCGUACCACGACCAGCUCUAUCCACGUGCUGAGCGGAGCGUGGAUUGCCUACUCCCAUGUGGAUUUCUCAGGGAACCAGUACGUCCUGGAGAAAGGCUUCUAUAACUGCUGUGCAGACUGGGGCGGCAAAGACAACCGCAUCUGCUCCCUGCAGCCCAUCCGCAAGGCACCAGGGGAAAACACCAGUUUUAAGCAUGAGGUGUUGUUGUACUCUGAGCCCAACUUCCAAGGCACCUGCCUUCUUUGUGAAAAGAACUUGCCGUCUCUCCCAGACACUUUCAACGUCAAAUCCUGCAGGGUCCUGGGCGGCAGCUGGGCUGUGUAUGAGGACUCCCAGUUUUCAGGUAACUUGUACGUUCUGUCGGAGGGAGAUUACCCAAACCUCGUCAGUAUGGGCUGUCCUUCCAGCUGCUCCCUCCGCUCACUGAAGACAAUCCCACUGGUGUUUACCGUGCCCUCCAUCUCAUUGUUCGGGCUUGAGUGUUUUGAGGGACGGGAGGUAACCGUUGACAAGGAAGUUCUCAAUCUCACAUCUGAGGGCUUCAACAAUGACAUCAUGUCUGUUAGAGUUGACAGAGGAUGCUGGGUCCUCUGUGAACACAAUUACCACAGGGGCCACCAGAUCCUUCUGGAACCCAUGGAGAUCUCCAACUGGCCUAAGUACAGCCAGCUGCCCACCAUUGGCUCAAUGUAUCCAGUCAGACAGAAGCGCUGCUUCUUCCGCAUAAGGAACAAGGAGCGAGGUCACUUCCUGUCCAUUCAGGGCGGCGUGGAGGAAACGAAGUCUGGUCGGGUGGUGGUUACAGAGCAGGUGGAGGGCUUCAGUGACAUCUGGUUCUUCCAGGAUGGGGUGAUUAAGAACAAGCUGGCUCCCUCAAUGAGCCUCCAGGUCAUGGGCAACGUGGAAGUAGGGUCCAAGGUGGUGCUGUGGUCUGAGACACGCAUGCCGAUCCAGAUGUGGUCUACCAGUGAGAGUGGACCCAUCUCCAGCUUGACAUUCCCAGGCUUGGUGCUGGACAUCAAAGGGGGAAAGACAUAUGACCGGGAUCACGUAGUUGUUUGGGAACAGAGUGAUGAGAGACCCAGCCAACAAUGGAAGCUUGAGGUGCUGUAACUUCCCCUCCUU